AUGGGAUUUUCUUUCUUCUCACCACUCACAAAACCCUUCAAAAACUUGAUCUCCUCACACACAACCACUACAAGCAACAUUGAAGACGAUGAUUCGUCCCGACCAUCCCCUUCGAACGUGCUACUUCCCGAUUACCUAACGACCAAAUCCGUUAACAAAGGUCACCUCCCAGUCGUUGAACAUGCAACCUUCAGAUCUCUCGACAGCGAGGAGGGUGAUGAUGAUUGCACAAUUUGUUUGAAAAGAAUAGAGGCAUGGCACAAUGUGAGGGAACUUAACAAAUGCGAGCAUGCUUUCCAUGUCGACUGCCUUGAUUCCUGGAUCGACCGCGGUGGCGACACGUGUCCCGUGUGUCGAGCCCGGCUCGUCUCCAGGGAGGUAGGCCAUGGGAAGGAUCCAUGGAGAUCGGAAAGAAUGGUGUACUUGUUUGGAGAAGAUUACUUGAUGGAGGAGCUUCAAUGA